AUGAUAAAUUCAGAAUAUACAGAAGAAGAGGAAGAAGAAUAUAUUUUAGCAGAUCAAUCCGAUCAAGCCUCAUCAGCCACGACCUGCAGUAACAAUGUCCGACGACGACGUUUGUGGUCCAUACCAAGUCCAUCAUCAGGAACAUCACCCUCUGCAAGAUGGGGGCAUUGUAGUGUCAUGUUGAAACAUCCCAAUAUCAACUCGAAUCAUCCUACUUUGAUGAUUCAUGGAGGAUUUGAUGGUGCCAACAUGCUUAACGAUGUACAUUUAUUUGAUGCAGUCACAAAUACAUGGAAACAGCCUGUAAAAACUUUUGGAAGCACACCGAGUCCAAGAUCUGGACAUUCUAUUACUGUCUUGUCGGAAAACAAGGGUAGACUUUUGUUUAUUGGAGGAGGUAAUGGAAUGCAUUACUUGUCUGAUUUAGUUGUGAUGGAAAUUGUAACAGAGAAUGAUGAUGAGUUUAAAAAGGAGUUGCAGUUACUUUCAACGACCGAGACAUCGAUACAGUGUUGCAACAUGUUUCGUUGGACUCGACCAAAAGUAUCGAGUCGUGUUCGAGUCUACAUUUCAGAUGAUGACAUUAUUUUAACAGAGGAAGAAUUUCACAAACUGCAAGAAGAAAUUGCUAAUAAUAAGAAUAAUUCAAGUGGAGCUAUAGAAAAUGGUGAUGGAGAUGAAAACAAAAAUCCACUCGUCUCAUCAAAAGUAGUGGAGCAAUUCAUUCGUGCAAAUCAAUCAGGAACUAAGGAAGACUUGAUUGGCUUUGGAAAUCCCUCUCAUCAUGAACAACUUGAUUCCUUAAAUUUUACCAUGAAGGAAAUUUACCCUGCUCCACGAAGCAGGCACACAGCAGUUGUGACAGAGGAUAGCUCACGAGUAAUCUUGUAUGGUGGAGGAGGAAAAAAUAGAAUUUUUGAUGAUAUUUGGGUGUUAGAUGUGAACGAGAUGGAGUGGAGCCAACCACCUGAAUCUGAAAACAAGCCCUCUGCUCGAUGGGGUCACUCUGCUUGUGUACACUCUGGAAAGAUGUACGUCUUUGGUGGCGUAUUUAAAACGAGCAUGCUCAAUGAUUUGUACAUGCUUGACUUGACGAGCUUUGUUUGGACGAGAAUUGAAUUGCCAGACCCUGGACCAUUUCUGGCACCUCGAGCUGCUCACACAGCUAACAUCAUUUUAGGACGAUAUCUAAUCAUAUUGUGGGGAGGAGAUGACACUAAAUAUUUUGAAGAUUUAUACGUACUUGAUUUACAGUCACACAAAGCACGAAGAAUUGAAUUUAAGAGUCCAAAAGCAAGAUGUGCCCAUACGACAUGUCUCAUCGAUAACAAUUAUUUGUAUGUUUUUGGAGGUGGUGGAGGUAAUCAUCGAUUUAAAGAACUCUACUUGUUUGACAUUAAGGCUGCAUUUGAAAAGCUGGGAAUUUAUGAAACCUAUGGCUACGAAUCCGAUGACGAGCUAUUGACCAGUGACACAGUCGAGUACUCGAAAGGUCAAUGUUUUUCGCAAUAUUUGGACAAAAUUUCACAAAGCUAUCUCGAACUUAGAAGCGAUGUGAAAAUAGAAGGAGGACCAGAAGAGAAGCAACGCAGCGACACGAUUGGCAGCACCGCCAAUGAUACCACUACCAAUUCACAUUUACCAUCGACUGAAGGCACAGACGUGACACUGACCAAAACAAAAACUACACGACGAAAGAGAAGCAGCUCCAAACGGAAAACUCUCAGUACUGGCAAUGGAGAUCAAAUAUUUGGUAGUAAGGAAGUCAAAGAGGUGACGAAUUGGCUGGUCAAUCUUGGACUUGGUCGCUAUGCAAGCAUUUUUCUACAGGAAGAGAUUGACUUGGAAUGUAUACCACUUCUUACAGAUGCCGACUUGUUCAAAUUGGGAAUUUCAAAAUUUGGACCUCGAAAGAAAAUUCUUGCAGCUGCGAAAUUGAUUCCCACUUCGUACAUGUACACUCCUCCUCAUGAAAAUACUUCCUCACAACAAAUUCCUUCACAUGCACAACCAUCGAAUGUUGAGUCACAUGUUGACAGUCAUCAUUCGACCACCAGUACGACUUCUCCUCCCUAUUUACAUCAACGAUCUGUUUCAUCCUCUUCGGGUACCAUACUGCCCGUCGACACUUCGUCUUCCUCCACAGCCUAUUUCACAGAGACAGCCAAUAACAUUAUCCAAUCGGUGGGAAAUCUUACCAACACCUGUGACGGUAUUAAGGAUAGUCUAAAAUCACUCUCUGCCAAUCUGUCCAAUCUUACCCUAAUGCUUUCGAAUCCCUAUUAUGGAUUUCGACAUCCGGCUGCAGUCGCAAUUUCCAUGCACAAUCAAAUGCAACAACGAAUUCCGUCAAGUACGAAUACCACGAACACGAGUAGUGGUGGUAACAACAACAUGGCUAAUCCAAACUCUUCAUCCUCUUCGAAUCAAUCCAAUUCGAAUAUUUCCUAUCCGAACAAUGUCAACAACAAUAAUGGCAAUCUUCAUCAAAUUCCAACCGUACCCGUUUCUCCAAGACAAACCAAUUUUUCAAUGCCUUAUAAUUUGGAAUAUGGUAUGAUUCCACCUCCACCUCCACCCACAACCAUUUCACCAGUGGUGGUUGUUGGCAAUAAUAUUCCUUCUCGACCAAGAAAUUUAUCAAAUUCAACAUCGACAUUUAAACGAAAUACACUCCUUCCACCACCAAUUUCAACUCAACAAAAUAGUGAAUCCAACCAAAUUCCAGCUAGAAAUGUGUCGUCAUCGUAUCAUGAAAGAUCCACUACUUUGAGUCAUCGUGACAAUCACGCAACAUCAAUGAGCAGCAUGACUAGUAACGGACAUUUUGAAUCAGAUAACACAAAUACUAAUAAUCAAACAAUGUCAAUUUCAUCUGGAAGUGUCAACCAAUCGAUUCCUACAGCAUCGAAUGGAAGUGGAAUAACCAAUUCAAAUUCACAAACUCAAACGACAACAAAAAAGAAGACACGAAGUCGAAAACCAAAGAAAAAUGGAACUUCUACAUUGUCACAACAAGAUCAAGUGAGUAUAGAUCUUUCUCCUGACUUUCCUUCCUAUAAUGCUGGUGAGAGUUGGUUUGAUGUUACAGAAAGAGAUCAUGAGUCGGAUUGA